GUAAUAUAGGAAACUAACCCUUCGCACCCGCAAUUUAUUUGAAAAAAAAACAAUGAAAAAACAAAAAGAAAAAAAUAAAAACAAGAAGACGACAAAUAACGAAAAAUUACCCAUUCUCCUCAACACUUCAUUGUUUCCUUCAACGAACUUCUUCUCCCUCCUCAUCCCUCUUUCACCAUGGAUUCUGUCUCCGGUUACGCCGGAGCACGUCAGCCUCGAUCCGGGGGAAAAAUUGUUCGACCUCGACGCACCGCCGCCUUCAGGACGCCGUAUGACCGCCCUGUUCCGAGAUCCCGAGAUCCUCCUCAGCAAAACCCUAGUUGGAUCUCCAGGCUUGUUUACAAACCUGCCAGCGUAAUUGCCUCCGGCGCCGGUAAAUUCAUUUCUUCUGUCGUUUUCUCCGAAUCAUCCUCUUCUUCCUCUGAGGGCGAUGACUCCUCUUCAGAUAUUGAUGGUGAUGAGGAUAUUGAGAAGAACAUUACCAAUGUUACUGACGAGGACCUUGUGAAUGCGCAGCAACCAACUAUCCAACGACUCAGUUCUAAGCGUGUAAUUGAGCAGCUUCUCAUGCAAGAAACAUUUGCAAGGGAAGAGGGUGAUAGAUUGAUAGAUAUUAUCAAUGCUAGGGUUGUAGAUCAUCCCAGUGUCCCCACUGCGGUUGAGGGGAGGCAUAAUGAUAAUGAAUUGACAAGUGACGAGAAUGUGGGGGAAAUGUCCAAUACAGCUGUUAUGGAAGCAAAAAAAUGGUUGGAGGAGAAGAAAUCAGGAUCAAGUUCAAAGUAUAAAGCAACUGAAGAUGGUGCUGGAUCGCCUGUGGAUGUGGCCAAGUCAUAUAUGCGAGCUCGUCUGCCUUGGGGAUCUCCGGCUGCGAAUAAUUCAGAGUUUCGAUCACCAUCAUCAGCAGGAAUGCAACGGACACCCUUUCCUUAUAGUGCUGGAAACUUUUCCUCGUCUAAGCUGAGAAGGAAAUCUGGUUCUAAUAAGUCAUGGAAUAUUCAAGAUGAAAUUCGCAAAGUCAGAGCUAAAGCAACAGAGGAAAUGCUUAGAAGUCCUAGUAGUGUAGCCAAUUUGGAACCUAAACCCAGCUCCUAUGCUUUAGCGACUGAUAUGCUAAAAGGAAAUCCUGCGUCUUUGAAUUCCGUUGGACCUGAUCAAGCUCUACAGAAUGAACAAAGCGGGGUUUUACCAAAUUCAACCAUACCUACCUCUGAACAAAAUCAGACUAUGGGAGCUAAUCUAGGGGCUGAAGAGGCAGGAGUUUUACACACUAGAUCUAAUGAAGUUGGUUUGUAUGAGACAUUUUUCUCCACACAAGGAGGCAAGCCAUCUGUAGAUGUCCUCAAUGCUCAAGAUGAUGAUUUUAUCCAACCUAGAUCGACUAUUGGAGACACGACAAAUGCUGUCUUGGCUCUUGGGGCAACUUUGGAUCCAACUGGGAACUUUUGCAUCCCAAAAGAUGUGUUUGAAACAGCGAAAGAAGCUGAUGAUACAGGCGCAUCACAUCCUGCUUCUAACGGUUUCCCAUCUUCAUCACCUAGUCUAGUGGCUAUGGAAGGUCAACCAAAACCCAAACCACCAGAAGAAACCGAGGCUUCGCAGCCUAUAGCUGAAAUUCAUGGUGAUGAUAUGACAGAAGGGAAUGGCUCGGAUGGUGCAGUUAACAACGAAAACAAUGACAGCGACUCAAGUGCCUCACACAACAGUUCAAGCACGCAUGAAGAAGAGUGGCUCCCGGGAGACCAGUCUCUACCAAACUCAAACUCGGCAAGUAGCAGUCCGGGUACUACCAAGGUCUUGGCAUACAGCAGAAGAGGAAGAGGCCGUGGUAGAGGAAGAGGUCGAGGAGGUCGAGGCAAAGGACGGGCCAAACCGACUCUGUAAGAUGAGCUGUACACAAUAACCCGAUGCAGUAGGAGAGUAUUAUGAGGUAGGAUUAUGUGACAUCUCUUAUAGAUUUUAAUCUCAACUCUGUUUGUGUUUGGUCUCGUUGGUCACUUCAUUAUCAUUUAGGUUUUCUUGUAGUAUUAUGAGUUAGGAGGAUUUGUCUUCUCGAGUUAUGUGGUAUUCUGUCUGUUUUUUCUUCUUCAUUUGACUGAAUCUCCACUGUUUAUGAUGUAAGUUUGAAGCUUGGUUUCUUUCCAGCUGACGAAGCCUUGUAGUUUGCAGUUUCCAAUCCAUGUUGAACUCUUUUUUUUUUCA